UGGCAGAGGUGAGUCAGAAUACUGUUGCACUGCUGUUCAGGCAACGCAGUGUAAAUAAUCUGUAGUUAAGUGUCGCUCGUUCUUCGGAGAGAUGAACGAAACGAUUUAACUUUGCUGCUCAACGCACCUAUUAACGACAGCGUUGAGUGCCUCACGGAAGGAGGAUUCCAGGGCUAAAAUUCCAGGCAGCUUAUGCUUGCUGACUUUGCCAAUGGGGCUGUUUGACAAGCUUGCAGGAUGGCUGGGGCUGAAGAAGAAGGAGGUUAAUGUGCUUUGUCUGGGCCUGGACAACAGUGGCAAAACCACCAUCAUCAACAAACUCAAACCCACAAAUGCCCAGACACAAGACAUUGUUCCCACCAUUGGCUUCAGCAUAGAGAAAUUCAAGACAUCCAGUCUUUCUUUCACCGUGUUUGACAUGUCUGGUCAGGGCAGAUACAGAAACCUUUGGGAGCAUUACUACAAGGAGGGCCAGGCCAUUAUAUUUGUCAUUGAUAGUGCAGAUAAGAUAAGGAUGGUCGUGGCCAAAGAAGAACUGGAUACUUUACUGAUUCAUCCUGAUAUUAAACACAGGAGGAUUCCCAUCUUGUUCUUUGCUAACAAGAUGGAUGUCCGAGAUUCUUUGUCAUCAGUAAAGGUCUCACAGCUGCUGUGUUUGGAGACCAUCAAAGAUAAACCUUGGCAUAUCUGUGCCACUGAUGCUUUGAAAGGAGAAGGUUUACAAGAGGGAGUUGACUGGUUGCAAGAUCAAAUAAGAACGAUGAGAACGUAAGGACUUAAAACUGAUCCGUCUGAAGAGGGAGCAUCAAUGACGUUUGAAUUGGUUCAUCUUUUUGUGAAUAAAUGGUUGGUGGUUUUUUUUUUUUUUUACAUUCUCAUCCAGAUGUACAAUAGAAAACUGU